AUGUCUCAAGCCCCUGGCGGCAAGAAACCGGGCAAAGGCCCGCCGAAGAAGGCUCCCGUCGUCGAUGAAGAUAAAAAUGCACCAGCAAAAACUGAAGAGAAAGACGAGACUGCUUCCAAUAAUGGGGAGAAGAAGGAAACUAAGGAUGCCAAGGAAACAGGUGGGGCGGACGUCCCGAAGCCACCCAGCGCUGGGGUCAACAUGCGAGAGGUGGCCUCGAAGGUCCUCAUGCUGGCACAGAAAGGGGAAUGGCCGGCUGUGGAACAGACCCUCAAGGCGUUGGAGAAGCUGGUGGCGGCCGGUGGAGAUGAUGCCGUCACCGUACCAAUGGCGGGGAUCUUGGAUCCGGGCGACAAAGAUAGGGCUGGCAAAAUUGAUAUACUGGUAGAUUAUAUGGAGUUGAUAACUGUUACUAUAAAAGGCGAAGUAAAAUUAUUCUACCCCGGGGCAGCUAAAGAACUAGAUCUAGCCUGUGUCCAAAGUAAUAGAGCAUGCUUUUCAUACUUUUAACAACAGUUAGGUAUCUUUUAGGAUACUGGGCGAAGGGCGAGGGAUAUGGUCCUUUUCAAGACUCAUACCAUGCAUCCGUACAUUGCCUCGUAGAGAGAAUAUAGGUAGUUUUUAGUGGGUAUGGUCCUUAUAUUUGAAUCGCCCCAUUCUAAUGUGGGUUCGCGGGAGAUAAUCGUACAUAAAUUUGGUUAUCCGCGCUGGUGACCAAGUGUAUGUGGUAACACAUUUCCAUCAUUUAAAAAAGGUGCCUUUGAAGUCAACUGUUUCUUAUAUUUUUAUUACGUACUUGAGUAGUCUAUGAGCGUUGAGUAAAGCCGAGUAAAAAAGAGGCAAAGGAGACGUGCGAAACGAAUUUUUUACUUCUUAUAUGAAUAGACAUAUGACAGGAAGAUGACAGGUCAUAUAAAAUUGCUGAAGAUUUUGUAUGUAAUGGUGUGCGUAGGUUUAUAUGUUUUUAUACAAAUAAUUAUAAAAUUAUUAUAUUAGAUCAAUGUUGCAUUCACAAUGCUAUACUGGAAAAUAUUCUUUAUGAAAAAUGCUUAAAAAACGAAUCUUUAUCGAAAGUUUAAAUAUUUGUAAAUAUAUUUCUUCUAAUUUAUUGCCUGGCUGUUUGGGUUGAUUGCCUGAAAAUUGGUGAAAAUACGCUCUGUAGUAGCGAAAAGUAACAAGUGCUUGAAAAAUUAGUCAGUCCUCUUAAGUCCUGGGUAACUCAGUGGUUAGAGCAUUCGCCCGGAUUACGAAAAAUCAUGGUUUCGAGUCCCAUCUCAGAAUGUCAGAGACAAAGUGGAUUUAAGCAUUGUUCAGGAAUAAUUAUAAAAUUUUAUAAAUUCAAUUUUAUUCCGAUAUCCAAAUAAUAAUUUUGAAAGAACAUUUCAAAAUGUUUUUAAACAGGUGCUUUAG